AUGUCUUCCAAGACAAACAUUGCGCUCUAUGUGGAUGAGGACGCCCAGUUCAGCGUUCAGCGAGGAACUCAUCAUGAGGAUAUCGCCCCGAAUGAGCUCCUGAUCGAAACUCAUUAUUCUGGAGUGAACCCAGCAGAUGUUAAGCAUUCCACGCAACUCGGUAUUCGCGCAACAGUGAUCGGAUACGACUUCUGUGGUGUGGUUUUGAAGUCAUUUCCAGGCUCACAAUACAAGGAGGGAGACCUGGUUGCAGGAUAUACACCCUCUGGAUUAGGACGGCUGUUAAAAUACGGGGCUCAUCAGAGCUUUUUGGCGGUUCCAGAGGAUAUGAUAUUCAAAGUUCCUGACAAUCUUCCAGCCGCUCAUGCAGCAGCGCUUACGGUAGUCACAAUGACAGCUGCAGAUGCUCUCUAUAACCUAUUCAAGUUCCCUUUACCUACGAACCCCGGUAGCAUUUCAGCUCCAAUUCUUAUAUGGGGGGCUUCUGCGGGUGUUGGACAAGCCGCUGUUCAGUUUGCACGAGCCAGUGGCUACCAAAACAUAUUGGUCACAGCAAGCCCAGGUCGCCAUGAGGCUCUGAAAACUGUGGGAGCAACUCUCACCUUCGACUAUGCCUCGGCAACCGUAAUAACCGACAUCAUUUCAGCUGUUAAAGCAUUGGGUCAAGGGCCCAUCACUCAUGCCUUGGACGCUGCCGGAACAACGGGGUCUGCAGAUCUGAUGAUUCAAAGUGUCAGCGACUCGGUAUCUUUGGCAUCAGUAGUUUUACGCCCUGGUGGAAAAUUCCGGAUGCCAGUGGCUGGAACAAAAGAUGAUUGGAAGAUCCAUGUACCGGGCUCACCAGGCCCGAUGGCCAUUCCCGCCAGACCAGCGGACCAUUGGCGCUCUUGGGACGCUUUGAAAUGGGCUGUUGAUAACUAUGGUACAGCUUUCAAGCUCCUAUCUGUUGAUGUUCUUGAAGUUACAGGAGAGGAGGCUUUGGAGGCAACACAAGACGUUGCCAGCGGGAAGCGAGGCUUUGGAAAAGUUGUGUUCCGCCAUCCAUUAAAAUAA